CACUUCUUGAGAUAAUCGCGCAACCUCAACAAACCGCUCAAGUGUUAUCGGGGGCUCGUUCAACUCGUUGACAGGUAUAUUUGUCUGCAUGGAAAUUCGAUAGAUAUUAUUUUGCCUUUCCCCCUGCAACCCGCUUUCACGAAUCUCCUUCUAUUUCACCAUCUCAAGAUGCACUCCGAAACCGGCAUUGGUGAUGGUGAGGAAACCUCAACUGAUAAAAACCAAAGCUUAAUUAGCGACGGAAAUAGAACAUCAGAUGGAAGUCCAUCCGAAGGUCCAACAGCAGGAUCAAAAUCUUCACUUCUCAAUGGCGGUGAAGCAACUCACGAAUCGGCAAGAUCAAAACAAACGCCAGUCAUUGACAUCACGAAGGACUUAUCGGCACUUGUUGCCCAACAGAUGCGGGCAACGCCGAAUGCUAUUGCUCUCGAAGACGAAUCUACGACGUUGACAUAUGCCGCACUGGACGAAAGAGUUACGGUUCUUGCGAAGCGUCUCCGCGAUCAUGGAGUCGGCCGUGACAACCUCGUCGGAGUGCUUUUAGGACGAAGCGCAAAUUAUGUGAUCGCUUGUCUCGCUGCACUCCGUGCUGGAGGAGCAUUUCUCGUUCUCGAAUUGGCAUACCCACCCAAUCUCCUAGCAGAUGUUAUUGAUGAUGCCAAGCCGACAGUUGUAAUCACGAAUACUUCUCAGGCCAAUCAGAUCAACGCAGAAAUACCCCUUAUUAUCCUCGAUGGACAGGAGGUGGGCUCUUACAAGCCGAAAGAGUCUGUAAAAAAAGCUCCCCCUUUGCCUGCUGAAGACGACCUAAAGCGGCUGGCUUUUGUGUCAUACUCCUCAGGAACGACAGGUCGCCCGAAAGGCAUUGCAAAUCCACAUAUGGCACCGGUCCUCUCCUAUGACUUGAGAUUUCGCCUCAGCGAUCUCUCUCCCGGGGAUCGCGUUGCUUGCAAUGUGUUUUUCGUUUGGGAGAUGCUCAGACCAUUGCUAAGAGGAGCCACCGUGGUUUGCGUCCCGGACGAGGCAAGCUACGAUCCUGUUGCACUUGUGGAUCUACUUUCACGCCGACACGUGACUGAAACCCUCAUGACGCCCACACUUCUCGCGGCAGUUCUUUCCAGGCAUUCAGAUAUUCAAGCUGAUAUCCCAGACCUUCGUACUUUGUGGUUCAAUGGCGAGGUGGUGACUACGGAUCUAGCCCGCCGAGCAAUGAAAGCUCUGCCGAACACACGGUUGCUUAAUUGCUACAGUGCCAGUGAGACGCACGAGAUUGCGUGUGGAGACAUUCGCGACAUAAUAGAUAAUGACGCUCCUUACUGUCCUGUUGGGCCACCCAUGGAGCCAAAGCAUACCUAUAUUCUGAAUGAGAGUGGUCAAAAGGUCGAUGUUGGUGUCCCUGGAGAGUUGUUUGUUGGAGGAAAUCUGCUUGCUCGUGGUUACCUCAACCUCCCUGAUACUACUGCUGAAGCUUUCAUACCCAACCCGUACGAUCCCACACCUGGAUCUCGCAUGUACAGAACUGGAGAUCUGGCACGAAUGCUCCCAUCCGGAAUUCUGGAGAUCACUGGUCGUGUUGGAGCUAUGAUCAAGGUGAGAGGAUACUCUGUCGUGCCUGGGAAAGUCGAGAAUGCCAUUAUCGAGCACCUUGCUGUCAAGCAGUGUGCAGUAAUAGCUCAUGGUGAAGGUCUCGACCGACAGCUAGUUGCAUAUAUUGUGCGCGACAAGGAGGAUCCAGCAGACAGAGCCAUUCCCAUAGUUGAUGAAGCCGGGUACAGCUUGGUAGCACGACGAACCCUAUCAAAAGCACUUGCACAGUACAUGAUACCUGCUCUCUGGGUAGAACUCGACGAAUUGCCCACGAAUCGAGUCUCUGGGAAAGCUGAUCUGAAACGCUUACCACCUCCUGUUGUUUCCAUUUCUACCAUCUUCAACCACACCAAGACAGAGCGUGAUACCAGCAUUAGCAUCGAUGCUAUUGCGGAAACUUGGGCGACAUCUCUCAAUGUUCCAUUCAGCUCUGUGACGAAGGAGCACAGUUUUUUCGAUCUGGGAGGACACUCAUUGACAUUCGCCGAUCUUGCCAGCAAACUGACGAGGACAUUUGGUUUUACAGUACCGGUCACGCGACUUGUUGUAAAUCCAACACUGGAGGGUCACCUGGAAGUUGUUCGUUCUAUUCGAGAUGGCCAUACUGCGGCUGUGCAAGCAGAUUUGCCAGCUGUAUUACGCGCGGACUCUAUUCUUCCUGAUGACAUCCAGCCUUCCGGUGCCUCUAUGUGCUCGCUUAGCACGGCCGAGAGUGUUUUGUUGACAGGCGCUACGGGAUUCCUGGGUGCCUUUCUGCUUCACGAUCUUCUUCAAUCAACAUCCGCCCGUAUCUUGUGCCUCGUACGAUUCAACGACCCCACAGACGAUGACGCGCCUGCUGGUGUUGCAAGAAUACGCAAGAGCUUGCUUGAUCUAGGUCUAUGGCAUGAUUCGAUCCUGGAUCGAAUUUCUGUCCUCCCAGGGAACCUUUCACAAGAACGGCUUGGGUUUCCUCCAGAUGUCUAUAAACAAGUCGCUGGUGAGAUCCAAGUCAUUGUCCAUGCGGGAGCCACUGUCAACCUCGUCUAUCCUUAUGCUGCUUUGCAGAAUGCCAAUGUGGGUGGCACAAGAGAAAUCUUGCGCCUCGCAAGCCAGAGCGGCGCCACAUUACAAUACAUAUCUACGAAUGGAGUUUUGCCACCCUCAACUUCGUCAUGGCCUGAAAGCUCUAUAAUCUCUAUCGAUGAUGUUCCCGAAAAGUUGGUUGAUGGAUAUGGCCAGACGAAAUAUGUUGCUGAAGAACUUGUCCAUGAAGCAGGCCGCCGUGGUAUGCCAGUGAGAAUUCUAAGAGCAGGAACGAUCAGCGGACACAGCACUUCAGGAUCGACCAAUGCCUAUGACCUCUUCACCGCCAUCAUCGUUGAAGCUCUGCACAUCGGGUAUGCUCCCGACAUCUUAGGGUGGCGUGCCGAAAUGACCCCCGUGGAUUUUGUCAGCAAGGCCAUCAUUAGAACUGCGAAUAAUAUUGAAACAAAGCAACGUGUGUUCCACCUUGGCGACCCUGAUCCAGUUGACACUCAAUCAUUGUUUGAUGAUCUCAACAAGCUCGGGUAUCCGACCCAGCGACUCGAAUGGGACAAGUGGGUUUCGCUCUGGACCGAGAAACGAGGCUCGGCAAAGAGAGGGACUGGCGCAUUUACGGCCGAUAUUCUUCGUGGUGGAAUGCCGUCCGUAGAUUUCUUGAAAGAUAUUACAAUCCUCAACAACGAAGCAACAAAGCUUAUUCUUGGCGAUCUGCAAUGUCCGAACAUUGACAGCAAGUUGCUCGAAAUUUAUGCCCGUAACUGGUUCGCGAGAGGAUGGCUUCCACGUCCGCCAUUACGUUUGCAUCAAUGUAAUGGAUUUGUGACACGAUCAAAGGAGGGGGCUUUGAGUGGACUCGUCGCUGUUGUGACUGGUGCUUCUUCUGGGAUCGGUGCUGCAACCGCUGCUGCUCUGGUCAAGGAAGGUGCUCAUGUUGCACUCGCUGCUCGUCGCACUGAAGCUCUCGAGUCGCUCAAGAAGAGACUCGAAAUCCAUGGUGGUAAAGUAAUUGUCCAUCAAACAGACGUUACCAAGAAAGAGCAAGUUGAGUCACUUAUUCAUGCCACCGAAGGAGCUCUCGGUCCCGUCGAUAUCCUCGUUUCGUGCGCUGGAGUUAUGUAUUUCACCAUGAUGGCGAACGUGCAAACAGACGAAUGGGAACGCACUGUUGAUGUAAACUGCAAAGGCUUGCUUCACUGCCUAUCCUCGACCGUCCCCGGAAUGCUUUCUCGAGGUCGCGGCCACAUCGUCGCUAUUUCGUCCGACGCAGGACGAAAAGUAUUCCCAGGCUUGGGUGUGUAUUCCGCCAGUAAGUUCUUUGUCGAAGCAACACUGCAAGCCUUGCGCGUAGAGACCGCCGGGACUGGUCUCCGAGUCACCAGCUUGCAGCCUGGAAACGUUUCCACAGAAUUACUGGCAAUGUCCACGGAUGCGGAAGCCAUUAAGAAGUAUGGAGAGCCAUCGGGAGCGAAGGUUCUUGACGCUGAAGAUGUUGCGAAUUCGAUUGUGUAUGCUCUCAAACAGCCGCAGCACGUUGCGGUGAAUGAGAUCAUGAUUGAGCCACGAGACGAACCGAUUUGAAAAUGCGUUGGAUUGUGAUUAUUCAGACUCACAAUUACAUAAACAUUUUGCUUUCGACGUGUUGUUGGAUUUUAGCUCGGAUAUAGGAAUAGACUACAAUUAGCUAGACAAUACACGCCUUUGCAUCUCAUUCGGGCACUCAGCUCAACCGUCAUAUCUCUAUACUUGAUCUGUAUGUUCAUUCCGCGAAUGAGAUUUGAGUGUUCACUUGACAAGCGGCACUGCGUGGAGAUAUUGGCAAUUUAAAAGCAGGAGUUUACAGGGGCUUGGCUCGAGGUCUCAGGACUGCUGCUGAUGGAUAUACCAAGAAGCUAGGAACAAGAAUAAAUACCUG